AUGAGCAACGAAAGAAUUACGAAGCAGCUCUCCAGUAUAGCAAGCCUUAUCUACCCGAAGCGGAUACCGCGGUUAAAAGUUGGUCCUGUUAAGGACGACUUGGGAUUCACGCUCAGCGAAAGAUUGGCCCUCAGGCAGGCAUGGAAUUUGAUCAAACCCUUUGAGCGGCGCUAUGGACAGGAUGUGUUCUACAGCUUCUUAAAUGAGUACUAUUGGGGCAUUCAUAAGUUCAAGGUUGGAGGUGACCUCAACCUGAGGGCCCUGCACAUGCAUGCGGUGAUGUUUAUCCACUUUUUUGGGCUCCUAAUCGAUGAAGAGAACCCAGUAAUGUUUCAGCUGAUGAUUACUGAAAACAACUUAACCCACAGCCGCUGCAAAGUGGGAUCCGCUUAUAUUGGGGAUCUGGCCCAAGCCCUGGUGGACUUUGUGCUGAAGGUGUUCCAUAAGGUCAGCUCCCCGUCGCUGGAACGGGGCCUGAGGAAAAUCGUCGAUAAGUUCCAAGGCUACCAGGACCACCAGACGGUUACCACCGCUUACAAUCGCCUGAGCAAGGUCAGAAUUAACUAGACGCUUACUGGAAUCCUGAGUAAUCACUUCCCGAUCCGUACAUUUAUGAUGAGCGUUGAGGGUUACGAAGCUCCCAGUGGAAAUCCAGUGCAUGAAUCGAACUUAUAUCGGGCUGCCUCUGCCACUGCGAUAUCAGCCUCUAGUAUCAGCCUCUGUCGCAGUCGCAGUCGCAGUCGCAGUCGCCGUC